AAAUAUUUGAGUCCUCAGCACACAGCCCAUGCCUGAUUCAUAUGGCCAGGGCAGGCCAACUCCAACUGUGAAUAAUGUCUGGGAGAGCCGAGCAGAUGCGCUGUUGACGCGGGUCAAGACCAAGCCUACUUGCAGCUGCUGCCCCACGAUGUGCGAGACAGGGCUGAUCGCACCGGAGCCCUCCGGCCCCAUGCAGUACUAUGGCGAAUCACCGGAUACCUACUACCACGUUGACCGCUGGCAGAGGCUCCGCACGGCUGUCAGGAAGCUGGAGUUCUGGGAAAACUUCAACGCUGAGAUGAUAGGUAGUGGCUUCUUCUCCAAGGUCUACAAGGUGACGCAGGCUGCCACUUGCAAAGUGAUGGUGGUGAAGAUCUACAAGAAUGAUGUGGACCAGGAGGUGAUUAUCCGUGAGAUCAGCCUGCUGCAGAAGCUGUCCCACCCCAAUAUUGUCAGGUACCUUGGGAUAUGCGUGAAGGACGACAAGCUAUACCCCAUUCUGGAGUAUGUGAAUGGGGGAUGCCUGGAGGAGCUCCUGGCUAGCAAAGACAUCGCUCUGACCUGGAAGGAGAAAGUGGACUUGGCUUCUGACAUCACCAGAGGCAUGAUCUACCUGCACUCCAAGAACAUCUACCACCGGGAUCUCAACUCCAAGAACUGUCUCAUUCGAGUAACCCCGCGGGGCCGUGAAGCCUUGGUGACUGACUUUGGCCUGGCCAGGGAGGUGGUGGAGCUGCCCAUGAAGAACGUGGAGAGGAAGUUGUCUCUGGUGGGCUCUGCUUUCUGGAUGGCUCCUGAAAUGCUGCGGGGAGAGCCCUAUGACCGGAAGGUGGAUGUGUUCUCCUUUGGCAUUGUCCUUUGUGAAAUCCUGGGUAGGAUACCUGCUGAUCCUGAAGUGCUUCCCAGGACUCAGGAUUAUGGCUUGGAUGUCAUUGCCUUUCAAGGGAUGAUCAGCGAAUGCCCCAAGCGGGUGAUGGACCUUGCUGCUUGCUGCUGUCGGGUGGAAGCAUUUAAGAGGCCGUCCUUCUCUGAAAUCCUGGAUGAGUUGGAAGAUGUUGCAGAGAGCCUGGAGCCUAGGAAAGACAAUCAGCUGUCAGGCUGACCUGCCUGGCUCCUGUGAAGCCUGAUGGAGUAUUGCACAAACUGUAAAAUAACUGUUUGUGGGGUCAGGAGUGAAGAAGGAAAGUGGGAAAGGGAAGAGCUAAGUGAUGCACUGGUAUUUAUUUAAUCGUAGUCUCAGUUUCUAAUUUUUUUUGGAUGUAAAACAAGGUGAAAAAUGGAGAAGGGACUUAACCAAGAGUAUAUUUUUCCUAGCUAAGGUUUUUAACAGAUGUAAUUUGGACAUUGAACAGCUUUGCUUAUUUAAAAAAAAAAAGAAAAAAAAGAAAAAAAAAAAAGAAAGAUAAAAGAGAGAGAUCCUGGAGGGCAAGCCAGGGACCUGACUUCCCUUAAGGAUGCUCUCUGAAGCCCCAACAGAGGUGUAGUUGUCUCCCUCUUCCCCUCCUCACCUAGUCCCAGGGCCUUUCCCUUCUCCUGCUGCUCCAGCUGUGGGGAACAGCCUCUCUGGAGGCUGGCGGUCAGUGCAAAGUGAAGGACAGGCGCUUUGGGGAGCGCCCUGAGCCCUCAGAGUUGCCUGUAGUUCAAAGCCUUAAAACACCUGCCCAAUAGCCUUGCAGGGACAGAUUUGUUCUGCAGUGUUUCUAGCAGCAUGCCCUUCCAAUGGGGUCUCCUGGCACUGUCUGCAGAGCAUGGCUGGGUGCUGAGGUGCCAGGCAGGGAUGUUAAGGUCCUGCCAGGCUGUUCAUGGGAAUCUAACCUGGGACAGGGUGAGGAGUGGAAGGGGAGUGCCUUAUCAAGAUACAAACUAACUAGUAUCUCUUCUCAGAAAAGCUUUGCCAGACUUGCGUGUCACGCAGGAGCCAUGCCUCAGCACAAUGGCAGUCUGCAUUUAUUGCCACUGCCCUCACCCAGGCCUCAAAGAUGGAUGGCUUGCCUCACCCCUCCUCAUCCCACCUCAAAUGGACAGUGACAAGUCUGGCAAUGACAACUUGCAAGGCCAAAACAGCUGAGUCUGUAAAUAAGCAGGAUGACACAAAACAUCUCACCAGGUUCUCUGCCUGGCUCAACACCUCAUUGCCUCUCUGGUCAUAUACGGCACCCUUGGGGGCCCCAGGGCUCACACAGUCAGAAAAGGACUAUCUUUUGUCACCAUGUUUUCCUCUGCAGGCUGGAGGAGGGUGCCAGGGCUGCAGAUCCAAGCCAGAGGUUGGAAGAAUUGUAACUAGAAAUGCUCUUGCAUUGCAAUUUAGGGGAAAGGAGUGAAUGUUCUAGUUCCAACCCCAGCUCAGCUUCCUGCUGGGCCACGGUUCUGAAAAACUUUUCUACUAGGACCAUUUUUCUGUGGGUGUGGGUAGAUAUAACAUCUGUACAGUGGUGGAGCUGUGGUUCUGUCCUUAUAGACUGUAAGCUCUUGAAGCGAGGAUCUUUCGUUCAUCCAAACAGUGCUUGUGCAGUGUUUAGUCCAGUGGAAUCUUAACUGAGAGUCUUCCCAUGUAUUGUGGUAGACCUUAAUGGAGGUCUCUCACGCUCUUGAAGACAGAUGUGGUGUCCUAUGGAGCCCUUUAUCUCUGUACUGGAUAAAGGACUGCUGGAAGUGUGCUAGGACAGAGGCAUUUUAGAAGCCUAUGGUGCAUCUUUACUGGGGACCAGAAGGAACAGGGAGCCAGCAUGAAAUGCACUGGAUGGCACCAGGAUGACCAGCUCAGCCAAAUGCUCACUGACCUUGUAUCAGUCCCGGUCUCUAGGUGAACUGCCUUCACACAGCCUUUCUGUAGCUUUCUGCAUGCUGCCAACUGGAAUCUGCUCUUCCUCUGCUCCUGCUGCACAAUAGGAUAAAGGAAGACAGACAACAUACAGCUCCCUCUUAAGUGGCAAAGACAAAUGGCAUAUGGUUUGUUGGAUAGUCCAGUGAAGCUUUAGUAUGAAGAAGGUUCUUUCAGUUUUAUUUGUCUGCCCAGAUGUAAGGAGUCUGCUCCUAAUUGUCCAUGGGAGCAGCCAUAAAGUCUGGACUCAGAGCUGUGUUUCUUUGGGCUUCUUCUGCGUCCAUCUUUUCCCAUGAUGAAAGCACAUGCCAGAUCUCACAUGACAGAAAGACCCUGGAUCCUUUCAUGAAGGAUCUUUGGUAUCUGCUGCAAGGACAUUUGGGACUGAUGUGACCGUACGGAGACUGUCUGCAAGCGGACUGAAUGUGAACUAGCAACCAACGUUGGGAGCUUCCAGGGAACAGAGGUAGUGUGGGAAUUUGGAUGGUGUGUCCAGUAGGGCAAGGGUUUCUAAGAAGGAGGAAGAGAUGAGUGCGGGAAACCAUCUGAGGUCCCUUUUAGCUGUAAGCCUCCACACUGGGACUGCUUUCUACAGGAAAAGCAGGGCCAAGUUUCCUCACACCAGUCUAGUGUGAGGAAGUCCAGGUCAGUAGCUGAAUUUUGUAUCUUGGAGUCCUGGCUCUGAACUGAAGCAACCACAAGGAUGGAUGGAGAGUCUGAGUGACACCGCUGGCUCAACUUCACCAGACCUGAACAGGAACAACCUCCUCUCUCACACGUUGACUCUACCGCUCUGCAGGUGCUGACAGCGUGGACCAGAUCAUGCUGUGUCCCAUAAGUCCAUGCAUUUCCAUGUCC